AUGUUUUUUGUAUAAUAUAACAUAUGAUUUUAUAUGGAUGAGUAACAAAAAAACCACGUUUUAUUGGCAGGUUGCUUCAGUGAAAAAGAUAUUCGCCGAGACAGAAUACAAGAAUACUCUAAGCAACGCUUGCAGCAAGUUGAGUGAUCUUGCGGAAGUAGGAUUCAAGCUGGACUGGUUGAAGUCAAUGUUUGAUGAAGUUUCCUUCAAGACGAAGAACGCAGACGACGGUGCUGAUGAUGAGUCUCUGGUCCAACAACUCGAGGAACGCAUCAAGAAUCUUGAACUAAUGGUAUCAGGCUUCAAGAAGGACUGUUCCAAGUCAAAGUCCAAGAUGAAGAAAUCACAUGCUGCUGAUGAGUGUCGUUUCCAAAAACUUGAAGAAGGCGUCAAGAAUCUUGAGCUGAUGGAAUUAGGGUUGAAACUGGACAGUUUGAAGUCGAAGCUUGAGGAGGUUUCCUUGGUUAAGAAGAUAUCACAUGAUGCUGAUGAGUCUCGGGCCAAACUACUCGAGGGACGUGUCAAGAACAUUGAGCUAAUGGACACAGCCUCUAAGCUGCACAGUUUGAAGCUGAAGCUUGAGGAAAUUGCCUUGGAGAGGAAGAAAUCAUAUGAUGCUGAUGAGUCUCGUGUCCGACAACUCGAGGAACGCAUCAAGAAUAUUGAGCUGAUGGAUUUAGGAUUCAAGCUGGACUGUGUGAAUACGAAGCUUGAUAAUGCUGACGAGUCUCGAGUCCAACAAUUCGAGGAACGUUUCAAGGACUUGUCAAGGAAUGUGGGAUUCACGCUAAAUUGUUUGAAUACAAAGAUUGAGGAAGUGUCCUUAGAGAGGAAGGAAUCUGAUGAUGCUCGGUUCCAACAACUUGAGGAAAGCGUCGAUAACAUUGAGCUGAUGGUGUCGUCUCUCGAAGAUGAACUAGACAAGAAGAAGGACAAACCUUCUGAUGAUGAAUUUUGGUUGGUAGACUAGGCUUUUCUUGAUGUAGAGAUCAAGUUUUUUGUUUAUUGAUUCUUCCUAUAGAAGACACUAAUGUCGUUUCAUUUUUCUCCUGUUUUGGUUUUUAGUUUUGCACUGUGAAUCCUAUAGUCUAGAGAUUCCACAUAAUCAAAAGUGUUUUUUUUUCGUUCUGAUUUAAUCCCAAAAUUCACCUACAAAUCGCCUUAAUGAAUUUAUAUAUAUAAUAUUGUAUUAUUUAUUCAAAAUGAAUUUUAAAUUAGUAAUAUGAGAUUUAUAUCUUUUAUUAGAUAAAUGAUUAUAAAUUAAUAUAAUAAACUUGC